UAUCUAAACAUGUGUUUUUUAAUACUCAAGGAAAGAUGCUGAUUUUCGAAAGCUUUUAAAGGGGAAGUAACACUUUACGUAAUUGCUAGUAACCGAUUCAAUCGAGCCUUAGAUGAAAGCGAAGACCUCAAUUUAAAGCCCUCGUUGCGUGAACGGAUGAAGACCGGUUAUAGACGACUGGAAACUUACUUAUGGUCCAGAGCAAUGACGUUUAUAACGGCUGUCGAGUAAUCAACAAAUUCAAGCAGCUGUGCUGUGUCUGAAGGAAAGGCAAAGAUUGGAUUACCUUAUUUCAGCCACUUUCCGCAUUUGGAGUUUAGUGUUGAAUAUAUUGGUUGAAUAAUUUAUUUUUCUUAUUUGAUUUAAGAAGUGUGGAGACCUGGUGAUUUUUUUAAAUAGAAUAAUUAAUUUGUUUUGGUAGUUUUCGUCUCUUAACUUUGCUUGUGAUAAUGUUAUAAGUAAAUUUAACCUUUUAAAUUUAUUUAUAAAGAUAUAUGGUACAAUUUAAAUGUAAUUUCUUUUAAUUUAACUCGUAACGUUGUAUGGCUAAACUGUGUUUAAUGUUUUGUUAAAAAAUAUAGACAUUAGUAGAAAAAAUUAAGGCUUAUUUAUUAAUUUUUUUAAAAUCCAGUUAUAAAAAUAACAUUAAUGUAUUUGUUUUCGGACUUAAUUUGUAAUUUCAUAUAAUUGGAUAAAAAAACUAAGCAAAAAAUUAGAGCACUUUAAUUUAUAUUUUCUUAAUUCAAAGAUAACUACAUUUUUUUUUAAAAAAAUUAUUAAAUAUGUGUGACGAUACUGAAGGUAAUCAGCCUAACGGGACCAAAAGCGAUUUCAAUUCAACUGAAAAUAAUUUUACUCUUGGCUCUCAAGAUAAACUGGAUGAAAAGCCAGAACUAUGUAAAAACAACGGUGUUGAAAAUCCAGCAUUUAAUGAUCAUUCCAUAGACAGAAGUAAUGGAAAUGAAAAUUUAAACCAUGGUAUCCGUUUAAGUGAGCUCAUGAAUAUGUCAAACAGGAAAGAAAAAAGCGAGGCCCCUUCUGAAGAUUCACAUGAGGAUACCAGGAAUCAUCGCAAGGAUGGCCUAUCUUGUCCACAAUACAAAUCUGGCACAUUUUUAGAUGUGCCUCUAAAAGACACUCAGUCAAGUGAGGAUAGUUUAAACCAUUUAGGAAAGAGUACAGAUUGUGUACUAAAGAACUCAUGUUCAAACUAUGAGGCAGAUCCAGACACUUUAUGUGGCAUUGGCAGUUUCAAACCGCAAUGGCUUCAACCUUGGGCAACUCCUCGAGUUUUUCUAUUUCUCUAUUCACUGCUAGGUGUAAUAAGUGGAACAUACUAUGCAUAUAGAGUAGGAUCAAUCUCUACACUCGAAAAAAGAUUUUCUUUCAAUAGUCGUAUUAGCGGGACUAUAAUGAUGGUGGAUGAAGUAACGCCAGUAUUUAUGGGUGCUUUGAUUGGGUACUUUGGUGGAAUGUCUCAUCGACCAAGAAUGUUUGGAAUAGGUAUGCUACUAUCUGCUGUAUGCUGUUUCAUGUCAGCUUUGCCUUAUUUUAUUUACGGACCAACUCAGCAUUUGAGUAUUUUGAACAUUAAAAAUGAUACAGAAGUAGAAAUAUGUGAAAGUGAGGCUACAAGGGAAAGUUGUCUUUCUGAAGAUCGUCCUCCAACAAUACCUGCUAUUGCCAUGCUGAUGAUUGCGGGAUUCUUGAAAGGCUUUGGGAACUUAUCCUAUCAUGCUGUUGGAUUGUCCUUUUUAGAUGAUACUGCUAAAAAGAAAAAUGCAUCUUUAUAUUUCGCUAUAACAUUUGCAUUGCGCCUGGUUGGACCUAUGAUUGGUUUUUUGAUGUCCUACUAUUUUUUGAAGAUAUAUGAAAAUCCAUUUGAGGAUCCAGGUUAUGGACCAGAAGAUCCUCGUUGGAUCGGUGCCUGGUGGUUAGGAUUCUUCGUUCAAGGUAUCAUCCUUCUGGUGUGCGCUGUUCCACUUGCUUUGUUUCCGAAGAGACUUCCUGGACAGAAGGUGCAUCAGGACAUUUCUAAAGAAAAAGGACCGAGUUUGAUUGGUUUGAUUACUGCAUCCAAAAGAAUUUUAAAAAAUCCACUCUAUAUUAGCAUUGUGAUAAACGAUAUAAUGCAAAUAUUUAGUAGCUUAGGGCACUUUGUUAUGUUGCCUAAAUACAUGGAACAUCAAUUUAGAUUAUCAGCCUCGGAUGCUAGCUUACUAUCUGGCCCACCUGGAAUCGCAGCUAUAAUGGCUGCAACGAUCGUUGGAGGUUACUUGGUUUGGAAGUUCAGGCCAUCGGCAAAAUUCCUGAUUGCUUCCAUGAUUGGUUUGGAAGUCAUAAGUACAAUCGGAUUUCUCUUACUCAUGAUUCCAAAAUGUGAAAAAGUUGAAAUGGCAAACUUUGGAUUAAACCGUGAAGGGCUAAUUCUUGAUUCCGAAUGCAAUUUUAAUUGCACUUGUACCACAAAAGCCUUUUCACCUAUAUGUGGAUCAGAUGGAAGAACUGUUUAUUUUACACCGUGCUUUGCUGGUUGCAAAGAAAAUACAAAUCAAACAUUUUCCGAUUGCUCCUGUAUUUCCGAUCCCUCAGGACAGCAAAGAAACCAUGCAACAGCAGGAUUCUGCGUUACAGACGAUUGUUGGUCUCAAGCCUUAGGAUACAUAAUUACUCUGCCUAUUAUUCAAUUUAUAUCCAGUCUUCUCAGGAUACAACACGCAGUUUUAUUACUCAGAUCUGUUUUACCCGGAGAUAAAAGUAUCGCAUUAGGCAUGUUUGAGGCACUCAUAUGCAUAUUUGGUUUUGUCCCAUAUCUCAUAAUAUUUGGAUCUCUUGUGGAUUCGACAUGUUUGGUAUGGGAAAAGAGUUGUGGUGAAACAGGUAACUGCUGGUUCUACGACACUGAUAAAUUCAACAGUCUGCUUCACGCUCUUUCUGCUAUAUUUUCUGGAUUGGCUGCCAUUUCUUUAGUGGCUACUUAUUUUCUGAGUAGUCGUAUCGGAGAUCUGUAUGAAGAGGUAGACGAUACUAAUGAGUCUACCAAUCAGAAGGAAAUUGAAGCUGUUAAAGGAGAAGCACAAACUAACAUUCGUACAAAACUAUAAAAUAAAACACAUACAUUUUUAAAUAUGUACAUUAUUUUAAUAUUUUUUAUAUGAAUUUAGUACUAAUUUUAUAUAUGCAAGUAGGUUAUUUUCUGCUGCGAAAAUUGCAUUCCUUAUUCUUUUACAAUGUUUUCAACAUAGAAACAUUUUUACUAUUAAAUUGAAUAAUUGUACAAAAUGGUCCUUUACAAUUUUUUUAUUUGCAAUUGUAUUUUAAUAUGAUAAUUAAUUUUAUGUUAUGAACUUAUUCCUGUUGAUUUUUAUAGUAUUUU